AUGCUACCGCCAGUGUCCAUGUCGUCGGACGGUCAGACCCACGACCUACAACACUUGUCUUUCGAGGAUAGCUCGACGAACUCAGGCUCCUUCCCACUGCCGCCUGGCUCAGAUGGAUCAUCCAUGGCAUCCUAUUCCAUCGCGACCUCCGCGGCCAACCCAUAUACCAUGUACGCACAGAACCAAUGGUUUUCCUACUCAAACUACCCCCCAACGGUCCCUCUGCUGCCGUACGACCCGAACUCCCAGACCCCCUUCACCAGCUUCCCCCAUCCCCCGACGCCGCAUGGUCUGGCCAACAUCGUUCCUCCAACGCCUCGCGACAACAUCAACCACGGCAUGCGCAUGGCCUUUGACUUCAACACACCUUCCACCACUUUGCCCACGAAUCGUCACUUAAUCGCCUCACCAUCAUUCUCUCAGGUCUCGCACCGCAGCUCCCGUAGCCACCGAAGCAGCGUGCCGUCCUUGUCACGGUCAUGCAGUCCAGUCCAAUCUGUCCCGGAUGCCGCUGGCCGGGCUCAUUCCAGGGAGCCAGCGACGCUCCGCCCUCCCCUUCGGUCAACGUCGACGUCGUCCAGCAACUCCCUUCACACGUACGGCAUUCCCGUGGGCGACCGAGCCACCAUGCUCAACAACCCUUUCAGUCCGACUUCCUCACCAGCCCACCAAGCAGGCGGCGGUAUGAUGCCAUCCUGGAGAUGCGCGUUUCCUGGGUGCACUUCUCGGGCUACGUUUACGCGUGGCUGUGACCUAAGGAAGCAUUACAACCGACACAGUAAGCACCUGUUCUGUCGAAUUGAAGGAUGUCCACAGAGCGAAGGGGCAGCAACCGCGCGAGCCAAUUCCAACGACCAGCCUUUGAGCGGAGGAUUCAGUUCCAAGAAGGACCGAGCUCGACACGAGGCCAAGCACAACCCGGGCAUCAAAUGUGAAUGGCGCGGGACCAAUGGUCAGGAAUGCACCCGGGUCUUUUCGCGCAUGGAUAAUAUGAAGGAUCACGUCAGACGUAUUCACAACAAGGUCCAACCUCCGCGGCAGCAGCAGCAGCAGGAGCUGAAGCAGGAGCUGAAGCAAGAGGUGAAGCAGGAGCCUCAAAGCGCGAGUCUAGGCUCCGGCUCCGGGUCUGUCUCUAGCUCUGGUCCGCGUCGGAGAUGA